AGCAGAAGAACUUAGAAAUUCUGCUGUCGUCUAUUGAGAACCGGAUCCAGAGGCAUACGUUACUACGAUGCUCUAGUUUCGAACACAAUUAGAAUUCUAUUAUAUGCACAAGUAUAGUUAAGUAUUAGGGUCAACCUAAGCGCGUGGCGAUCUGAAGGGAAAGUGGGUGUAGACACGAUACUGACAACGACCCAAUAGAUAAACUGCUAGUAAAUUUAUCAUUAUGCGGAAGUCAGCGUAAAUUUACGCAUUACUAUGACCAACACUUCUUCAGCACAAAUAGUAUUUGCAAGGCAAUUGAAUGGCAGGUAAGCAGUGAAUGAUUUGCGACAAUUCCUGCGAACCUGAAAACGUCUAUGGAGCACGGUUUAUACCGGGCUUAGGAUGCUAGCUUGUUUUUUUUUUUUAAUAAUCUCCUCUAUAUCCAAGCGUAUCGUCGCACACUUGCAUUUUGUAGACGGUUGACAACGACCCUUUGUCGGACCAAUUUCCCUUGUACUGGAUAGGUAUCUGAAGGAUGAUCUUUAUGCAAGUUAUGGGAGUGUAGAAUGCAUUCGUUCUUUUGCUAAUUUCCUAUAUAAGUGGCUUCGUUUUAUGAGCGCCAUAAAUUGCUAUGCUCUGAAAAAUUCCAAAGGGCAUUUAUCUAUGCAUCUAUAGAGGAUUCUGCCUGCGGCUAUAUAGGACUCUGCCUCCGUACAUGUCUUGAACCAGAUUCGGAAUAAGGGCGGAUAUGUCUUGACCUACAAUUUGUGUGUUUGAAUCUGCCGCUGUUUUCGAAAAGCAUAGAGGGACUACAGUUUUACGUCUUCAUCUGCUUAUCUGAUCAUCAUGCAUAAGUCGUCGUGCAAUCUCGUUGGUGCGCUGUCAUGGGCCUAUUUUGAGGUUUGUCGUCUGCACAUGGAUAAUGUGUAUCCGCUAGCCCUAGUCGCCAAGCCACAUCGCUGUUCGCUAUCUAGCUUACAGUCGACGUUUGCACACGAUAUUAAACCAACCUCGAGGGGGGUCAGCCUUGGACCAUUUAAGGCUCACUUGACCAAGUAACUUACUGACCAGCGCAUGUACACUCCCUCUUGCUGCGCCUACGUGUUAUUGUCAUCAAAAGUCGGGCCGACGACCCCCUUCCAUUCAAAGGGGUUUGUGUAGCACGCAACCCCAUUACAUCUCUACACAUGUUCGUUUGAUGAAAUACAGCUCCUAAGUAUCAUAACAGUGAUUGUCGAAGCAAGCAGCAGCGGCGGCUGUUCUGGUGACAUAAUUGUUACAAAUUUUGUCACUUGCCACCUGCUACGAAUACUAAGUUGUGAAGAACCGAUUGCUCUCUAAGGAGAACUCAUUAAGUAGGAGCAGACCCAACAGCUCACCUCCGUGGCCAGAAGGGCCGAAGGGAUGACCGAAGUGAAGAUUUGGGUUGACAGAGUGCAGCGCGUGAUCUCGGGAGUGACCCCCGCUACGACGGUGGCCGAGUUAUUGUCGACCUUGACGCGUUCACAGAUGCUCUCCUCCACAACUGCUACCCCGCUUUCCUCGGUGGUCGUAGACGGUGGAGGUCACGGAGCGACUCACCACGGGAGUCAAGCACCUAGACGGAGUGACUGCCUCGUGUUGCGCCGUGGGGCUAUGGAACAUAUACUCAGUCCAUCCGACAGACCGUUACGUUUACUUGCACACUCAGGGGGUCACCUGAUAUACAGACCCGCAGCUCCGAUACCGGAAAAUUCACCCUCGUCUUUCGGCCGUAUUCCGCUCAAGCCUGGUGUCACGCAUGUGCAGCUGCGGUCAGCCGCUAUCGAGACAGCGCUUCGACGUCAGGCGAAGUCAGCGCCUUUGCUUAAACCGCAGACGGCGCCCCCAAGAACGGUGCCACCAACCUCACAAGCUGCUCCCUCACCGGCGACAGCUGUCAGUUCGUCUGCUACCGGGAGUGGCGUUGCAGGCGGAGGUCAUGCGCCGGUUGGGCGGGUUGAAGUCGCCACCGCCCGAUUAGGGCAGCUAGGUCUGAGCGGGGUAUCCACGGCCGAACAACAUCAGCAACAACAGAAGCAUAAACAACAGCAGCAGACGUUGCACUCACAGAACCAUCGGCAUUCACAGCAACACGCACAACAGCUACACGACGGACAAAACCAGCUCCAGUUGCAACAGCAUCCAUCCCAGCAGCAUGGCCACCAUCAGCCUCUCCAGACAAAACAGCAACCAGCGCAGCAAUCACUGCAAACACAGCCAUCGCAGCAUCAUGAAUCACAGCAACAACAACAACAACAACAACAACAUUUCAUCUAUAAUAAACAGAAGCAAAUUCAGUCUCAACAGCAUCAGCAGCAACUGCAGCAGCUACAAAAACAUCAACAAUUGCAGACGCAAAAUCAUCUUCAGAGACAGCAGCAGCAGCAGCAGCAGCAGCAGCAGAAACAAGCGCCGCCACAUAUUCGGAGCACGCAACAACAAGCACAACAUCAGCAGAACUUUAGUCAAGCUCAAUAUCAGUCACACAUUCAGGAUCAUUCCGGUCCAAAACAGCGGCAGCAACCGACACACUAUGUCCGAACUCUUAAUAAGGCUCCAGGUUUGCCCGCGUUCGGCUCUAAUAGUCAUUCUGGGUUAACCGAUAACAACCACCGCCGAGGAGUGAGCGUUGUAACUCUGAACGGUCAAUCCACCGGUGGCAGUCUGGUUACCGUCGAAGUACGUGGAGGUGGCGAUAACGUGGACGGCAGCGUUGUCAGCACGAGUGGACGUUUCGGCGACGGAAGAGGACGGGAAAGUCGCUCAACAGGUCCGAACGCGUUGUCUUCCGGACGGAUGGGACUUGUCCCACCGCCUUACGAACAGGCGAUCCGCUCCUCCUGCAGGCGACGGCCCGCUGAUCUUGAUCUACUGAUUCGGACGCAACAAGAAAAGCUAAAUCUACAGACGGCAAAGCUGGAAGAGAUGGAUCGCGAGAUUGCCACACUCGAAUCGAACCUUGAGAAUCGCGAACGAGAACAUGGGGCGAUUUAUCCAGAAUGUCAGGAUCUCGACCGACGGCUGACGGCGGCCGAAACGCGCCUUGGACUCGCUCAAAAAGAAGAAGCUUCGUUGCAUGCAGAGAUCUAUGCAACGAAAGCUAAGAUCGAACGACUGGCACAUGACACAGAGGCCUACAUGUCUCGUGAGUGUGACCUAGUAACCCGCGCACUGGAUAUGGUGGCCACGCCCUCUCAAGACCUUCCACUGGAUGAGAAGCAUAGGGAAAUCGUUGCUUCGCUUCAGCUGGAAAUCGAAGAGGUCCACAGACAGGCUAACCAAUUAGCGGAACAGCUCAAAAUGGAGAACCUCAAAGGGCUAUCCAUGGUAAAUCCAGAAGAGCUGGCUGAAGGUGCAGAAGGCUUUCUAGGAGGUAUCUGGACUGGCAACGGCGCGGGGGGCGCAGGGGCCCACUCAUUAAUGCGCGGUCACGGUGGUUCGUCUCGAAGAAAGGUACCGCCUAAAGGACCUCGCCAACUCGGCCAGGAGAUGGCGUCACCUACGCAGACGCACCCGAUAGGCGUUUGGGUUUAAGUCAAGGCAGAGAGAGCUGUACGUCCACUCUAAAAACGUAGAUACAGAAUUUGCUUGAAUAACUAGGUAAUGGUAUGUGCAGCACCUUGAAGAAGAUGUAAAAGCAGAAAAAAGUAUGAUGCUCCUGAAGUUCAGCAGGAAAACCCACAGAACGGUGUACAUCAGUGGGCUACAAGAACGCACAGGCUGGACAGGACGAAGCAUUAAAAAUCAAGAGUGAGCCCUCAAAUCAAGCCUUCGAAUAGAUAUGAAGAUAGAUGAAAUGGCCUUGUGCCAUGGAUGCAUAGAUUGGAAUCGUCUGGUGCUCGAAGUAGGACGCUCUGUAAAGGUGCUAUUUGUAGAAGUAAUAAUAAACACGAAACAAGAUUAAGAAGAUGCUAUGCCGCUGCUGUAUGAUGACGACGGCGUUUCAACAGUAGUGUGAUUUGAAUCUUUGGAGAAAAAAUAAUAACCCCAUAUUCGCUUUGGUGCCUUACUCGAGUUCACAUGCUAGGAAAGACUACAUACUACGAUGCCCCACUUUAAUAAGAGGAACCUCGUAUUCUGAUAGGGGAGCGUUUCCUCCAUUUUAUCAACGAAGAUGUUGAUAGGUUUGGCGCGUUUUCACGGGGUCCCUCUCACGUAUGUAGCUGAUUAUAUAAAAACGGUAUUGAAAGAAGAAGUCUAAUAAUAGGUA